CCGUGCCUUUUCUCCGUUACAUCUCUCUACUCCAUACUCUCUCUCUAACUCUCACUCUGUCGGUGGACUUCUCCGGUGAAACAUUAUAUAUAGUAUGGAGAGAGAGUGAGUAAGAGAAGACGAAGGGGAGAGAGACGGAGCCGUUGCUUUGCAUUGCUCGUUUCCUCUAGACAAGCUCAAUCCGGUUACUCUCUUCGUUGUCUGUCUGUCUGCAUCGAUCUUCGGUUUCAUUAGAUCUUGGCCUAUCAAGUUUAAGAAUAAGGAAAGUUAAUUAUUCAACUUUUGGCACAGUGACACAUGCAUCAGUCUCGGUGAGACUGAGCAUUCAUCUCAAUCCAUUGCCAACAUCUGUGCAUAGGCAAGAGGUUAACAAUGGAGUCAGAAGGAGAAACUGGGGCAAAGCCCAUGAGGAACCUGGGUGGUCAGGUCUGCCAAAUCUGUGGAGAUAAUGUUGGCAAAGCUGUUCAUGGUGAACCAUUUGUUGCUUGUGACGUUUGUGCAUUUCCUGUUUGUCGCCCAUGCUAUGAGUAUGAAAGGAAGGACGGGAAUCAGUCUUGUCCACAAUGCAAGACCAGAUAUAAGAGGCACAAAGGUAGCCCUGCCAUUCUUGGUGACAGGGAAGAGGAUGCUGAUGCUGAUGAUAGUGUAAGUGAUUUCAAUUAUUCCUCAGAAAAUCAGAGCCAGAAGCAGAAGAUUGCUGAGCGCAUGUUGAGCUGGCAUAUGACAUAUGGACGCGGGGAGGAUGUGGCAGCUCCAAACUAUGAUAAAGAGGUUUCUCAUAAUGACAUUCCUCUGCUUACCAAUGGCCAGGAGGUAUCUGGAGAACUAUCUGCUGCAUCUCCUGAACACCUUUCUAUGGCUUCUCCUGCUGCUGGUGGUGGUGGGAAGCGAAUCCAUUCUCUUUCCUACUCAGCUGAUGUUAAUCAAUCACCUAAUAUCAGAGUUGUGGAUCCGGUAAGAGAGUUUGGUUCUCCAGGACUUGGUAAUGUAGCCUGGAAAGAGAGAGUUGAUGGCUGGAAGAUGAAGCAGGAGAAGAAUGUUGUUCCUCCAAUGAGCACUGGCCAUGCUACUUCUGAGAGAGGUGGUGGCGAUAUUGAUGCAAGCACUGAUGUGCUAGUGGAUGACUCUUUGUUGAAUGAUGAAGCUCGGCAGCCUCUCUCAAGGAAGGUUUCAAUUCCAUCAUCCAGGAUAAAUCCUUACAGGAUGGUCAUUGUUCUGCGGCUUGUUAUUCUCAGCAUUUUCUUGCACUAUCGAAUAACUAACCCUGUGCCCAAUGCUUAUGCUCUUUGGUUGAUAUCUGUGAUAUGUGAGAUCUGGUUUGCUAUAUCUUGGAUAUUGGAUCAGUUCCCUAAGUGGCUUCCUGUAAACCGUGAAACAUAUCUUGACAGGCUUGCUUUAAGAUAUGAUCGUGAAGGGGAACCAUCACAAUUAGCUGCUGUUGACAUUUUUGUCAGUACUGUUGAUCCGUUAAAGGAGCCUCCUCUUGUGACUGCUAAUACCGUGCUUUCCAUUCUUGCUGUUGACUACCCAGUUGAUAAGGUUUCUUGCUAUGUCUCUGAUGAUGGUGCUGCCAUGUUGACAUUUGAAGCUCUUUCUGAAACGUCAGAAUUUGCUAGAAAAUGGGUACCUUUCUGCAAGAAAUAUAACAUUGAGCCUCGGGCUCCAGAAUGGUACUUCGCACAAAAGAUUGACUACUUAAAAGAUAAAGUUCAACCAUCAUUUGUGAAAGACCGAAGAGCUAUGAAGAGAGAAUAUGAAGAAUUUAAAAUUCGUGUCAAUGGGCUUGUUGCAAAGGCACAAAAAGUUCCUGAAGAAGGAUGGAUUAUGCAAGAUGGCACUCCAUGGCCUGGAAAUAACACCAGAGACCAUCCAGGAAUGAUCCAGGUUUUCUUAGGCCAAAGUGGAGGGCUUGAUGCUGAGGGUAAUGAGCUGCCUCGUUUAGUUUAUGUUUCUCGUGAAAAGCGCCCAGGAUUCCAGCAUCACAAGAAAGCUGGUGCUAUGAACGCUCUUGUUCGAGUCUCAGCAGUACUUACUAACGGGCCUUUCAUGUUGAAUCUUGAUUGUGAUCACUACAUUAACAACAGCAAGGCCUUGAGGGAAUCUAUGUGCUUUCUAAUGGAUCCCAACCUUGGGAAACAUGUUUGCUAUGUUCAGUUCCCGCAGAGAUUUGAUGGUAUUGAUAGGAAUGAUCGAUAUGCCAAUCGAAAUACUGUGUUCUUUGAUAUUAACUUGAGAGGUUUGGAUGGCAUCCAAGGUCCUGUUUAUGUGGGUACUGGAUGUGUCUUCAAUCGAACAGCUUUGUAUGGUUAUGAGCCACCUCUCAAACCGAAGCACAAGAAAUCCGGGUUUUUCUCAUCAAUGUGCGGUGGGGCACGGAAGAAGGGUUCAAAGUCAAGUAAGAAGGGCUCUGAUAAGAAGAAAUCUGGCAAACAUGUGGAUCCUACUGUGCCAAUUUUCAGUUUAGAGGAUAUAGAGGAAGGGGUAGAAGGUGCUGGAUUUGAUGAUGAGAAGUCUCUACUCAUGUCUCAAAUGAGCCUGGAGAAAAGAUUUGGCCAGUCUGCUGUUUUUGUUGCCUCUACUCUUAUGGAGAAUGGUGGUGUUCCGCAAUCGGCAACGCCAGAAAAUCUUCUUAAGGAGGCUAUUCAUGUUAUCAGUUGUGGGUACGAGGAUAAAACAGACUGGGGUAAUGAGAUUGGAUGGAUCUAUGGUUCUGUUACAGAAGAUAUUUUAACUGGAUUUAAGAUGCAUGCGCGUGGGUGGAGGUCAAUUUAUUGCAUGCCCAAACGGCCAGCCUUCAAAGGAUCUGCUCCUAUUAAUCUUUCUGAUCGUCUAAACCAAGUGCUUCGAUGGGCUCUAGGCUCUGUUGAAAUUCUUCUUAGUCGGCACUGUCCCAUCUGGUAUGGUUAUGGUGGCAGGUUGAAGUGGCUUGAAAGAUUUGCAUAUGUUAACACUACCAUCUAUCCAAUCACUUCCAUUCCGCUUCUCAUGUAUUGCACACUGCCUGCUAUUUGUCUACUCACAAACAAGUUCAUUAUUCCUCAGAUUAGUAACAUUGCAAGUAUAUGGUUUCUUGCUCUCUUCCUUUCCAUCUUUGCAACUGGUAUUUUGGAGAUGAGAUGGAGUGGUGUUGGAAUUGAUGAGUGGUGGAGAAAUGAACAGUUUUGGGUUAUUGGUGGUGUCUCAGCCCAUCUUUUUGCCGUCUUCCAAGGCCUGCUGAAAGUACUUGCUGGAAUCGACACCAACUUUACUGUCACCUCCAAGGCAUCAGAUGAAGAUGGGGAUUUUGCAGAACUUUACAUGUUCAAAUGGACAACACUGCUCAUCGCACCAACAACUCUCCUCAUUGUAAACUUGGUGGGCGUUGUUGCAGGGACCUCCUAUGCCAUCAACAGUGGCUAUCAAUCUUGGGGUCCUCUCUUUGGCAAGUUAUUCUUUGCAUUCUGGGUGAUUGUCCAUCUGUAUCCUUUCCUCAAAGGUCUGAUGGGUCGUCAGAACCGAACACCGACAAUUGUCGUUGUGUGGUCCAUUCUCCUUGCUUCCAUCUUCUCCUUGUUGUGGGUGAGGGUUGAUCCAUUCACCACUAGAGUCACUGGUCCAGAUGUGCAGCUAUGUGGAAUCAACUGUUAAUACGGGUGAAAGACUGAUAACUGGUGGUUCAUAUGUUUCUUUUGUGUUUUUUUUUUUGUUUUUCGUGCCUGGAUUAUAGACGCGGAAGGCUGUGUGUAGUUCAUUUGUAUUUUUUUGGUCCACUGUUAUGCUGGAAACUUUUCAUGUGCAUAUCAUAGGUGGCAUAAUUGUUUUAUUUAUUACAUUUGAGUUAUAAGUUAUAACCAAACCUGUAAUAUUUUGGACAACACUAUUUUAUUUUAAUGUAUCUAAUUUUCAUUUUCCCA